CCGGAAGUGUGACCUUCCUCUCGGGAACUUGACCUCCUCGGUUUUCAGUCUCUCCCUGAAGAUUCCUCAGUGAAGACCUUCACACCGCAGAACCGAACCGAACCUCUGUGUUUCAGAACUCACCUCGCGGUUCCGGUUCGGAAGCCAGAUUUGAACACUUUUUGUAUUCCCGGCGUUGGUUCUGUUCGGAUCCGAGUCUUUCCCCCGAACCGUCCGUGGUUCCGUUCCUUCCUCUACAGCUGGGUGUGUUAGGCAGAACUGGACCGGAGUUCGGCUCGUGUACCGCGCUGGUUGUGAGGAAUGAACCCGUCUGGACCCGGACUGGACCGACACCAUGGAUUAUAAAGAGCUGGGGGUUCGUCUGGAGGAGAAGCUGACCCUGACAGAGAAGACCCUGCCUCUGCUGUCAGGCUCUCCGUCCCUCCAGAACAGAGACCAGAACCCAGAGAAAGACCUGCUGACCCCGGACGACUCGGCCGUGUCAGAUCUGUCCCCUAAAACAGACUCCAGGACGGAGACGCCGUCCAGGACGGAGACCUCCCUGAAGAUGGACGGCAGACCUCUGACCCCGGCUUCCAGCAGCUGCAGCCCACAACCCAAGAAAGACUCCAUGAACUCAGAGCAGCGGCAGAAACUGGCCAAGGAGCGCAGAGAGGAGCGCGCUCGCUACAUCGAGCAACAGACCCAGCUGCAAGCCGCCAAGAAGGCCCAGUGGCUGGAGAAGGAGGAGAAGGCGCGGCGGCUGAGGGAGAGCCAGCUGGAGGAGCGGCGCAGGAGGCUGGAGGAGCAGCGGCUGAAGGCGGAGAAACGCCGCGCGCUGCUGGAGGAGAAGCAGCGGCAGAAACUGGAGAAGAACAAGGAACGAUAUGAGGCAGCCAUCAAGAGGUCGACGAAGAAGACGUGGGCGGAGAUCCGGCAGCAGCGUUGGUCCUGGGCCGGCGGCCUCAACCAGACGUCCCGCAGAGAAAGCAGAUGCUCGGCCUCCACGGUCAACCUGCCCCGACAGGCGGAGCCUGUCAUUAACAACAGGCUGUCCAAGUCCUCUGCCACCCUGUGGAACUCCCCCAACAGAAGUAAGGACGAGCCGACGUCAGCAUCCACCAGGCCUUCCUCCUCUCCUCCUCCUCAUCCCCACCCUGACCCGGUCUCAGUGCUCGCUGUCGUCUGUGGUGGCCUGCCUGCCUGCCUGUGCUUGGUGACUGGUCAUUUACCACCUGCUCCCUCCUGCUGUCACGCUCUCGGUCUUGUGUGCAUCGUGGGUUUUACUUUGAGUUGGUGGUUUGUCUUGAUUUGAGUCCUUUGCAUUUUUGAUCACCUCUACAUCUUUAUUGGUGCGUCUGUCUCAUGGGUUUAUGAGCUCACAUCCUGCUUUUCACUGAGCGCUCUGUGCUGAUGGUGCUGGGUGGUGUUCAGUGUUAAGAGAGCACGUUGUUUAAGAUGGUAGAUAUCACAAUAUGUUCCUGUUAGUUGAGUUCAACUAACAGAGCAUCAUGUUGUUUUAUGAAACCUUUCCAUUAUAUUAAAGUUAAUAACUCG